CUGUUGACCGAGCCUUCCGAAGUACAAUAGGGGCUGUCGAUUCUGUAGCUACUGCUCUCUGGCAACUAUGUCUAAUCAGAUUAGUGUGGCCAAGAAUCAACGGUUUAUGUAAAGAGGCGUGGCAUCUUUCGCCCGGUUGUUUCUGAGCGGCAGCCCUAUUUCAGGACUAAAUAACGACACUCGUGCUGAACCGCUCACUCCCCUAUACAGUUGACUAUCCAUGAUUUUGCCCGAGUCCAAGAGGCUCUGUGGGCCGCAAGAUCAAAAUGGGAUAACAUUGGAACCCGACUCAAACUAGACGUCCACGAGCUGGAGAGCAUUGAAGCGGAAGGAGGGAUGAGUCUUGACAGGAAGUUCAACCUCAUGAUCCAGACAAGGUUGAAGAAGAUUGAGCCAUGCACCUGGAGAGAUCUCUACGAUGCAUUAAAUCAUCCUACUGUUGCCAUGUCCGAUGUGGCAUGUAAACUUGUACCAUACCUACCACCUGUUGUGGCUCCAACUGAAACUGGAGAUACUGAUGGUGUAGCACCAGCUGCGUCAGUUACCACAUCUCCUUUUGUAACUGGCCCCCAAAUUGACAGCAAAGGUUGGAUGUAAUUAACCCUCGGCGCAAAUGCGGCGAGGGUUGCAGUAGUUGGUUUGUCUGUCUAUGUGUGUGCCUGUGUGUGUGGCGACGCUUAUUCUGGCACUACAGGCUACGAGGCGGCCUAUUAGCGGCUUCAGGACUACGCGAGCCUGAAAAAUAAAAGGGUGAUUUUCCUCAAACGAUUGCGUUCGAGAUAUAUGCCAUGAAGCAAGUGAAAAAGCCAAAAUACAUAAUCGCACUGGGCUUACCGCGACCUGAUCCGCUCGCUCCUGUGUACCUUGGGGGCUCAGGAAUUCACAACGAAUGGCAUGUAUCGACUCUCGCAUGCUGUAUCUACU